UUUGUCCUCGAGAACAGCAGCCGGGAAGACAAACACGAGUGUCCCUUUGCUCGGAGCAGCAUUCAGCUCACCCUGAUCCUCUGUGAGAUCCUGCACGUCGGAGAGCCGUGCUCGGAGACAGCUCAGGCCUUUUACCCUAUGUUCUUCGGGCAGGAUCAUUUCUUUGAAGAGCUGUUCUGCAUCUGCAUCCAGCUGGUGAACAAGACGUGGAAGGAGAUGCGUGCCACCCAGGAGGACUUCGACAAGGUGCUGCAGGUGGUGCGGGAGCAGAUCACCAGGACUCUGUCCCUCAAGCCCACCUCGCUGGAGCUCUUCAAGACCAGAGUGAAUGCGCUGAACUACAGCGAGAUCCUGAAGCUGCGGCAGACGGAGCGGCUGCACCAGGAGGAGACGCUGGCUGUGCCCCUCUGGUAUUGCCGCCUGUCACCCAACCACAAGGUCCUGCACUAUGGGGACGUGGAGGAGGGGGUGCACUCGCCCCCCAUUGAGAACUUGCCAGAGAAAAUUCCUGUGGUGGACAUGAAGAUGCUGCUCGUGGGGAAGGAGUGUCCGCACACGAAGGAGAAGAGCUCAGGGAAGCAGAAUAAGGAUGUCCUGGAGCUGGCCUUCUCCAUCGUGUAUGACGUGGAGGAGUACUGCCUCAACUUCAUCGCUCCCACCCGCUACGAGUUCUGCCUCUGGACGGACGGGCUGAACGUGCUCCUGGGCAAGGAGAUGACGAGCGAGCGGACGCAGACGGACCUCGACAUCCUGCUCUCCAUGGAGCUCAAGCUGCGGCUCCUGGACCUGGAGAACAUCAGCAUCCCCGACAUCCCCCCUCCCAUCCCAAAGCCCCCCAGCAACCUGAACUUCUGCUAUGACUUCACCCAUGCAGAGCAGUGA